UGUGUUGUGCUGCAGUUACUGUGCUGCCAGAUAGCCUGGGUUGUAUGCUUCCGUUACAUGUUCACAUAUCCCCACCCCCAGACCAUCUAAGGAGACACUGAGUGCACUGUGCACGCAGAGGUGAGCAUAUAGGAAGAGCAAGCUUCCAUCUGCUUGCUGAGAAGGAACCAGAUGUGCAGAGGGAAACACUGGUAAAUUUUUGUGCAAACAGAAGAUUUGACCUCUUGUAUCGAGGAGCUCCACCCACUACAGUCAGAAGCGACAGAGCCUGUGUUUGGUUUGGGAUUAGGCAUUUGCAUAGAAAAGCUUUAGUCCUGCUGCAUCAGCCAUGGGGCUCAAACUCGGGGAGAAAGUCUCUUCCUUCUUCUUUGAAUAUGACACCCCUCGAAUGGUGCUGGUGAAAAACAAGAAAGUGGGACUCGUCUUCCGGCUGACCCAGCUUGUGGUUCUUGGAUACAUCAUAGGGUGGGUUUUCCUCUAUAAGAAGGGUUAUCAGUCACAGGACGGCAUCAUCAGCUCGGUCUCGGUGAAGCUCAAAGGUUUAACCGUUACUAACAUUAGCGGGAUAGGCCCACACAUCUGGGACGUGGCUGACUAUGUUUUCCCACCUCAGGGGGACAGUUCAUUUGUGGUAAUGACAAACGUCAUUAUCACCCGCGGACAGAAGCAGGAUAUUUGCCCUGAGCUGCCAGAUGCAGGACAAUGCAAUAAUGACAGUGAUUGUAUCCAAGGGAAGUACAGUCGCCAGGGGCAAGGUAUCAUGACUGGGAAGUGUGUAGAUUUCAACGGCAAUAACAAGACUUGUGAGAUUUUUGGCUGGUGCCCUGUAGAAGAGGACAAUCAGAUUCCUGACCCCCCAUUGCUCUUAGAAGCUGAAAAUUUUACCUUAUUUAUUAAGAACAGCAUCACCUUUCCCACGUUUAAAGUCUCCAGACGCAACCUGGUGGAGGACAUUACCACAAGCUAUCUGAAAAAAUGCACCUACCACAAAAACAAAGAUCCCUUUUGCCCUGUGUUUGAGCUGGGAUACAUUGUGAAGGAAUCGGGACAAAAUUUUCAUGCCCUGGCCCUUCAGGGUGGGGUUGUCGGUAUCACCAUAGACUGGGACUGUGAUCUCGACUGGCCUGUGACAUACUGUAAACCUGUUUACCAGUUUCAUGGACUUUACAAUGAUGACAAUAAUGUUUCAUCAGGCUUCAACUUCAGGUAUGCCAAAUACUACAGAGAGAACGGAACUGACUACAGGACGUUGUACAAGGUGUUUGGAAUCCGAUUCGAUAUCCUGGUGAAUGGAAAGGCAGGUAAAUUUGACAUCAUCCCAACGAUGACCACGAUAGGUUCUGGAAUUGGUAUAUUUGGAGUGGCUUCUGUAGUGUGUGAUCUGCUCCUGCUGCACUUUCUCCCACGACGGGAUUAUUACAAACAGAGGAAAUUCAAAUAUGCGGAAAUGAGGACUCCCAUGUCUGAAAAAGAAGAGGCUUCCCCUUCCUCCAUGAGCAAUCUGCAGAACAAUGUGAUGGGCUCUCAGUGAAACGGUCUGCACUGAAAGAAGAACCUGCAUCCUCUUCCUCUUCUGAUAUGUUAUAAUUGCCCCCACUUCAUCAGGCCAUCACAGACCAAAUGCCAGCUGAACUCACCAUUUUAUACCUUAGACUGAGUCUUCCUAGGCUGAUACAUCUGGUCUGCGUUUCAGCAGACUAUACUUGUCAAGAUAGGAGCGCACACCUUUAUGAGCACAGCCAAAAUGUGAGUGGAAGGCGGAUGGGCUGCAAGAUAGCAGAUAGUUCUGAUUUAGUCACAGCUUUAGGCACUGACUAGCAGCGACUAAACUAUUCUGGCAUGGGGAUCCCCACUGACUUCACCCCAUGAAAAGAGAAGCAUGGAGCCCCAUUUAAUUAAAGCACAGAGGGACUUGUUCCUUGUUGCUCUUUUUUUAAAGGCUCUCUGAAGUUAGGGUGACCGCUGUCCCGAUUUUAUAGGGACAGUCCCGAUAUUCAGGGCUUGGUCUUAUAUAGGUGCCUAUUAUCCCCUACCUCCUUCCUGAUUUUUCACACUUGCUAGAUGGUCAGCCUCUCUGAAGUGCUACCAUCCUUGGUCCAAAUACAAUAGACAGAGAGGGAGAGAGGUUAGGCCAGACUAAAUACUGAGUCUCAAAAACAAACAUGGGCAGACCCAAACAGUACUGAUUACAUCACUCUCCUGAUCCCUAGUUGGGUAUUGGCAUCACAUGUGAUAAGGCGCACACCCAUACAGUUUAAUGAGAUCACAGCAGACAGUUCUAGUUCCACCUAACCUUCUGUGGUCUGACUAUGAAAUGCACAGAGGCUGUUUGGAGCUAUGCUCUGAAUUAGCCUAGGCUCUGCCUGAUUUGUAGGGACUUUGUGAGCCCUGGCUAAGCCACUGCCCAGUAGAGGAAGUGCCUCCUCCGGAUGAGGACCGCACUGUUCCUCUUGGUCAAUUACAACACUUGAUAAUAUGUGGUGGGGAAAUGGUUAUUUUAUAAUAAUGUACAUAAUGUAUUGUAUUAAAAUAAACUUCUAGUUUUUCUACUAAUUCA